AUGUUAUAGAGAAUUUAACCUCAAAUUGGAAAUAAUUAGCCAAUACAUAACACUCUUGAAGAAAUGUCGAUAGGACAAGAUUAUACGAACUUUGUCGUCCUUGAAAAUUCAAUUUUUAAGACAGUAUUUAAAAUAGAAUAAACUAAGAUUUAUGAAUGCAUCCGAAUAUAAUCAGCACAAAAAUACAUAGUUUAUCAAUUGAACCACUCUGUUUAAUCAGUUUCCCCUCAAUAUAUUCAAAAACUCAACUAAUACAAGCUCGUAAACCUCAUUCAUCCAGAAAAUAUCUAUUAUUAAGAAAACUGCAUUUUUAUGACAUAAUAGCAAUGUUUAAACACCUUUUAGCUAUAGAACUGUAGACAAAAAUUAAAUAAAUAAUUACAAUUGUUCUUAGUAACAUAACUUUGCAUAAGUUUUAAUAAUAUUUUAUACCAUAUUUUUAUAGCAUUAUAAGAACUCGAGAGACGGAGCUUCCCCCCUUAUAUAUUGAGUCCCAAUAACAUUUACAUUAUCGAAGGUGUAUUGCACCUUAGUUUGAUGCAUUUCAAUUUUCAAGAAACAGGAUAGUAAACCUUUGAUUCAUUUAAGAAAUUCGUCAAUUAAUAUUUUCACUUAGAUGAUUACUGUAAGGAUAAUUUUGAAAAAACAACUGAUUAUCUCUUAUCAAAUAUAUAGAUUGAUGAUUCAGGAUGCAAUUCUUUGAACUAUAUCAAAAAGUUGCUUUAGAUUAAUUAUUUAAAACUAGAAUAAGCUGGAUAUAAUUCCUUUAUAUAUUCAUCAUCAAGACCUCCUUUAUUUUAAAUUUAUCCUCACAUUAAAGAUCAAAUCAUUAUUAAAGUUCUCAGGAUAAAUGAUGACAAUGAUGAAGAUGUAAAUAAAUAUCGAUAUUCUUAAAAUGAAAGAGAAUUAAUGUUCAAUGAAUAACUUAAUGACAACAUCAAAUUUGCAACUUUUUGUGCUUAUAUUCGAAUCCAAAAGAUUCCCUUCUUUUUUUUCUAGAAGUAUCCCUUAACUUUGCAGCAAUUAUUUGAGGAAUCCUCAAAAACAACUGACCAUCCUCUUUAAAAAUUGCAAUACAAUUUUGCUAUGCAGCUAGCCUUAGCCUUAAAGGAAUUACAUAGGUUGCAAAUUUUACACAGGGAUAUUAAACCUGAAAAUGUAUUCAUUACAAAUCUAGAUUAUCAUAAAGCCAAUCUUAAAAUAGCAGAUUUUGAUAGGUCUAGGAAAAUAGAUUAAUAGGAUUGUUAAGAGUAAGUUUCAGAAGGUGAUUAUACAGUCUUUUCUAGUACUUAUAAUUAUAAUCCUCCUGAAGCUUUUAAAACCUAGUAUGGUUAUUCAAGUGACGUAUGGCAAUUCGGAUUGACUUUAUUCCAAAUGGCAAACAAUGGAGUCUAUCCACCAGUCAAGGAAUAGCUAGUCUUUUUAGAUGACGACUAUCGCAAAAUAAAUCUAGAUUUUAUCAAGAAUGUAUUAUAAGAUAAACAAAAUAUUAAUUAAGCUUAUAUUAAUUUAAUCUCAAGAUGCCUAGAAUAUGAGAGUGAUAAAAGGAUCACUUUAAAUAAAUUUAUAUAUGAUUUAGGUCAAAUUAGAAUUGAUAUGGCUGAUGAAGAUGAUAUUGUGGAACCUUAUUAUUAUCAUACAUCAGAAUAAAGCACAUGCAAUUUUGACUCUUCAGUUUGUUGGACAAAUUUUUCCUUGAAAAGCCCCAAUUGGAGUUUAAAUAAACUAGCAUAAUCGCUUGGAGAUACAUCAAUAUUAUUCAAGGAUUAAUGA